AUGCUCCAUCAUUGGUAUCCACAGCCGAAUUUCACAGCAGCAGAACUUGUCUUCGAAAAGGAGCACCGAUUUUUACAGCCGGUCUGGGAUUAUAUAAAGGAUGGAAACGAGCACAUCCUCUCCUCCCCUCUCUUCCCUCCAUUCUACGCCCUCAGCAUCGACUAUGCUUUUGUAGCUGUAUUUACAUUCAUCGACCUCGUCCUCUGUGACGUACCGUUCUUCAAAAAUCACAAGAUCCAGAAAGACCGGAAAGUUACGUGGGAUCUGAUCAAAAAAUCCUUGUUCUUGCAGAUGUGGAAUCAAUUGCUGUGGAUCUACCCAUUGGCGCUCGUUCAGCUGAUUUGGGUACCACCAAUCCACCUGCCCCCACUUGCUCCAACCGUCUUCGAAUUCGUCACCCAGCUUGCAUUCUGCUUCCUGGCCUUCGACUUUUCGUACUUUUGGUUCCACUUCUUGUUCCAUAAGGUCAAAUUCCUCUAUCGAUGGUGCCACUCGGUCCACCAUAUGUACUCCUCACCAUUCGCAGCUGCUGCUCAGCACCUCCACCCCUUCGAGCUGUUCUUCGUCGGCACCUUCAUCACUGGUAAGCCGUUGACCUGCUUCGAGCCGUGGUUCAACUACUUGGAUCGGUUGAUGGGCUACCACAUCACCUACGAGGACCUGAAGAAAAUGGCCGAGGAGAAGAGCAAGCGCUUCGGCCUCUACAACAAGGAGGAGGAAAAGGGCUUGGAGAAAAUCAAC